AUGGAAGACAUGUUAUCUGAUCUUGGCGGCUGGUUCCCACGCGCCCCGUUCAGCCCAUUCCCCUCCAUGUUUGACUUCAACCCAGACAUAUGGAUCAAGUCGUUCAUGCCUAACCUCAGCUCGUUAAUUCCGCAAAUCAGUCUAAGCGACGACUGCGUGGUGACGGUGACUCUGGGCGACAUGAACAUAAACGAUACCGACAUCAAGGUGUACACAAGCGAGAGGGACAUCGAGCUGCACGUGUCUACUGUGAAUAUUCGAGAAUGGAGAGCCCCGUCAGAUAGUGAUGUACAGGAUAGUGAGGACGACGAUAGUACUUUGUCCCCGACACCACGAGGGCCCGAUGGCACCGAUAACGCUUUGUCUCGGGAGAACGCCUUAACCGGAGGCAGUUUUUCGGAGGCAAGCAAGAUGAAGCGUCUGCGAGGCUUCGGCGAGAUGUCCAGCUCUACAACCAUUAGGAAAAUCCCUGCGCCACCCCAAUGUGACAUUUUGAACGAAGAGGCCAGGGCUACCGUCGACACGGCGAGCAAUAGCUUAUUAAUCAAGUUCCCGCUGAAACCAGGCGCUGUUGUGCCUACUCCAGGCAUGAAUGGGGCAGCAAACGAAGUUGUUGCAAAUGGAAAUGGCGUUGCCCAAGCCAACGGCUUGAGCGGAGGCAGUAGAAUGAACCAAGACGGGGCUAAUGUAGCCCCUGGCUUGCCCGACCAGGGGGCGGACGGCCGGGGACCGGCUGCUGAUGUUGGGGCCGGGGCGGACAAGAUGCUACAGAACGUGGAUUUAUCGUCACUAAUGAACCAGUCGCCUGAGGCGGAGAAGAAGAGUUGGUGGUUCGGGCUCUUUAAUCAGAAAGAGCAGAAGAGAACGGUUCCCAUAGUUAACAGGGAGGAAUUUUAG